UCAUGUGUGGCACCAUCAUCAUCACUGUCAAAAAUAAAUACAAUAAAAAAUGUGUGGCACCAUCCAUCCAUCAAUUAAGUCUCCGUGUACGUACGUUAUAUAGAAACUUUUCUCAUCCCACAGAAAACCCAAAACAAUCGAGAGAGAGAGAGAGCAGAGGCACAGAUCUAGCAAACACCAUUUCCAUUCCUCUCGCUCCUCUCACUCCACAUAUCAUGGGAUUCCCAACUAACUCCGAAGACAAACCCCUCAAGUUCCUUAUAUACGGUCGCACCGGAUGGAUUGGCGGACUCUUAGGAACACUCUGUCGUGCUCAAGGUAUCCAAUUCGAAUACGGAUCGGGUCGACUCGAAAACCGAUCCUCUUUGGAAUCUGACAUAGCCGAAAUUAAACCUACUCAUGUCUUUAACGCUGCUGGUGUUACUGGUAGACCUAACGUUGAUUGGUGUGAGACUCAUAAAGUUGAAACUAUUCGUGCUAAUGUUGUUGGAACUCUUACUCUUGCUGAUGUUUGUCGUCAACGUGGAAUUAUUGUUAUUAAUUUUGCUACUGGUUGUAUUUUUGAGUAUGAUUCUCAACAUACUCUUGGAUCUGGUAUUGGUUUUAAGGAACAAGAUGUUCCUAAUUUCAUUGGAUCGUUUUACUCUAAGACUAAGGCUAUGGUAGAGGAUCUGCUGAGGAACUAUGACAAUGUAUGUACAUUGAGAGUGAGGAUGCCAAUUUCAUCUGAUUUAACCAACCCUCGCAAUUUCAUCACAAAGAUCACUCGAUAUGAGAAGGUUGUCGAUAUUCCAAAUUCGAUGACCAUUUUAGAUGAACUUCUUCCAAUCUCAAUAGAGAUGGCAAAGAGAAACCUCACUGGAAUAUGGAACUUCACAAAUCCUGGAGUUGUUAGCCACAACGAAAUCUUACAAAUGUACAAAGACUAUAUCGAUUCCAACUUUUCCUGGAAAAACUUCACUCUUGAGGAACAGGCGAAGGUGAUUGUUGCUCCAAGAAGUAACAAUGAACUUGACGCCGAUAAAUUGAAGAAAGAAUUUCCAGAACUGUUGUCUAUUAAGGAAUCACUGAUUAAGAAUGUCUUCGAGCCUAAUCAGAAGGUUAAAGCUUGAGUACCAAGGUUCAUAAUUUUAUCAUAUAUUAUAUCAUCAUUGUUUUCAUUUAUUUCAGUUUGCGUGGAUGCUACAAAGAUGUGCUUUUCCGUCCAUAUGAUUGAGUCAGUGCCUGUAUUUUUAUUCAUAUGUUGUAUUUGUAUUUGUACUGACUCCUUGAAUAAUUUAGUUUCAAGUUACUCAUGAAGAAUGAAUUUUUUUUUUGUAUGA